AUGCAGUGCGUCGAGAUCACGGAAGACCUCGUCAUUGCGGGCGAUAGCUCAGGACUGAUGAGGAUGUGGUCGAGGACGUCUGGUGAACAUGUGCGGGACGUCCAGGUCGCCCAGAGGUAUGUGAAAGCGCUGGCGAUUUCUGGCGACAGCGUCUUUACUGGCGACUACGCCAACCUGGUACAGCAGUGGAACCUUGCCACCGGUCAGCGCGAGGCAGUCUUCACAGGACACAAAGCGGGCAUCGUGUCGCUGGCGGUUUCAGGUGACUUCAUUGUAUCUGGUGGUGGGGACGGUGCAGUUCUGCUCUUCGACCGGAGAACAGCCAAGGCCAUCAACGCCGAGAGCUCUGAGGUAACUGCAGAGCCUGUGCCAAGUCUGACAUUCGCAGACAUUUGUACCCUUACAGAAGACACACCUACACAUUUGCUUGAAAGCAGUUGUCCAGCAGGUGAUCCUUGCCGCUUGGCCCGUCACGCCAUGGCUCAUGUGCCCGAGCUCACGGGUGUUUGUGCGAUCCGGGUUCUGUCAGCUUUAACAGGAGAAUUGAUCCUUGAAGCACUUGUCGACGAGGCAGACUUAGUCUCCACACCUAACUUCCGCGAUGACCUUCGCCGAUACAUCCAGGCCAAAACCGGCAUUUCCUCCUUCAGACAGCAGCUGCUCCUUGAAGACAAGAUCAUCCCGGAAGCAUGUUCGUGGGAAAAUCUUGGUCGACCACAAGAAAUCCGAGUAACCUUUCAGCAGACCACGGAAGACUUCGGGGACGAACUCCUGGUUGCGGCCGAGAUGGGAUAUACCAAGAGAGUCCAACAAAUCCUUGAAAGCUUUCAAAACCCAGAUUGCGUCAGUCCCGAUGAAGCUAAAGAAUCUGCAGUUUUCAAGGCUUGCAAACGGGGCCACUUGGAAGUAUUGGAACUGCUUCUGCGGGCCGGUGCUGACUUGACCCACCCGGCAAGCGAUGGAAAGACACCUCUGCUGAUCGCAGCAGAGCAUGGACAGCUAGCUCUGGUUCGGAGGCUGGUGGAGGCAGGGGCUCACACUGACUUGGACAACGAAACGCAACGUGGCCACACCCCUUUGAUUAUGGCCAUUUUGAACGGCCAUUUGGAUAUCAUUCGCUACUUGAUUGAGGCUCGAGCUGACAAAGAAAAGGCUUUCAAAGACAACGAUCCCCCGCUCUUACUUGCGGUCGACGGUGCGCCAGCUGGAGGGCGGCAGGAGGCGAUCCGCUGCUUGCUCGAUGCCGGCGCCAACAUGGAGAGGAUGAACUCUCGCGGGAUGUUUCCACUUCUGAUGGCAGCCCAUGAAGGGCAAGUUGACAUUGUCUGCCAGCUGCUAGAAGCCCAGGCCAAUGUGAAUCAGACAGGGUCGGAUGGGCUGACGGCUUUGCUAGCUGCAGUCGCUGAGGGUCAUGUGGACGUCCUAAAGUGCCUGCUACAGGCCCGAGCCAACCCAUGCACGCCUUUGAAAAAUGGCAGCACGCCCUGGUCGAUUGCCAACUCCAUGAAGUAUGACCGGCGCCACCGCGAGAUCGAAGCGUGUGUCAAUCACACAGAGAUCCUCCAAUGUUUGCGUAAAGCCGGAGCGCAGGAGUUCGAGCUUGCAAAUGGGUUCGUCUGCAGCCUUGUGCUCACUGAUGAUCGGUUGCUGCUGCCGGACAGGGAUGAGCACAAGGCAGUGAGCAUUCGCCUCUUUACGCACACGGGUGACCUCGUCCCGGAGAACAUUCGAGACAAGAGGACCUACAAGUGCGGAAUGCCGGUGUGGCAAGUUGCAUCUGUUGGAAUGUUCAUCUAUGGGCUCUGUCGUGACUUCACCGUGAAGAAGUUUGCGGCAGGAUCGCGGCAGCUUCUGCAGACAAUCAGCGUGAAGGCCAUCUCGAAGGAUGCGAAGAACCCCUACGCCAUGAAGGUGAGCCAGGAGAGGAUCUUUGUGGGCUACAUCUCCUCUGGUGAGAUUGGCAUAUUUUCGACAGAAGAUGGACGGAGGCAAAUGGAGAAAGCCUUCGUGGGACACCAAGGAGCCUGUGGGACUGCCCAGCUGCGCAGCGGGCAGCGAGUUUUCCGCUUCCUUGAAGAUGUGCAUUUCGCACAGACGGAGGUGUCCAGGGAUACUGUACCAAGGGGCCCGUCCACUCUCGGUUGCUUCCCUGCCAUGGUGUCUUUCGGUGAGUAUGCUGGGCUGCAUAACUUCACGGCGGGUGCUGGAUUGGGUGUCGUGCUGGGUUUUGCCUUCGAAAAGUUCCGACGACACGUCGUCCGCAAACGAGAAGCUCCAAUGGUGUUCGAGACAUGUGUCGUCCACAGACUGACCUCGUCUGAGGGGCUUAAGUAUAAGCUGCUCGUCUCGCUACCACUGCAGUACCACACCGCCGCCUUACGGGCACACUAUCCUGUAGUUUAUGCUUUCGACGCGGAGCCGUAUCUGUUUCCACUCCUGGCUACUGCCGCACGUACGGAGCACUUUUUCAAGAGAACAACUUGGUAUCCUGACCUCAUUGUCGUUGGGAUCGUCGCCGACAUCGAGGAAGACUUCUGCAAUCAUGACAGCUCCAUCAAUGUCAGAGGUCUGUGGGAUGCUUUGCGUCCGACUCGUGCGAGGGAUUACCUGCCAACUGCUGCUGAGAGUCCCUGGGGUGCUCCAGGGGCUGUUUCUUUAAAGGACAUCUCAGGCCAUGCCACGACCUUUGUCCGCUUCCUUGCCUCGAAGAUCGUGCCCUUCGUUGACACGACUUACCGCACUCAGAAGGAGCAACGCGCUUUGAUCGGGAAAUCCUUCGGAGGGAGCGGAGUAGCCCAUGCCAUGCUGGAUGAUGUCUGUUCAAAGCUAUUCCAGUAUUUCCUUCUGGGUUCGCCAUCUCUGGCUUGGGAUGACAAGGCCUUCUUUCGUCUGGAAGAAGAGACCUGCAAGUCCAGGACCUCUUUAGCUGCACAUGUCUAUGCCUCCUGCGGCUCCAAAGAAGAGGCGCAGAUGCAGACUCUCCGCGACUUCAAGGUUGUUCUGGAAAGCCGAGGGUAUUCCAACCUCUCCGUCACGUUGGAAGUUGUGGAUGGAGAGGACCAUGGAUCGCUGUCAUACCCCUUCGCUUGUAGAGCCAUGCGGUGGCUUCGGGAUGAGAUGUACAGUCUACAGAAGCAGGAACCUUGA